AAUGGCUGCCGUCACGGAGUUGAACGCCGCUCGGAAGAACUUGACCGAUGUUCUCGGGGACAAUACCAAACAGUAUUGGAGUAACAUGAAGCUUUGGUACCGACAAAAGAUAAACAAAGAAGAAUUUGACCUAGAAGCGAGGAGACUUCUUACUUCAGAAAAUGUACAUUAUCACAACGAAUUUUUAUUAGCAAUUCUCACUAAGUGCCAAACUCUAGGAUCUUCCCCAGUUCUUAACAGUAAAGAUUCAUCAUUGAGCAGUUCGGCGUCCAGUCGAGGAAUGCUUCGGAAAGGAAAGAAAUUGAAGAAAGUCAAACACACAAGAGUGAACUUUGAGCAUCGGUUUGUUGAGUCAUCGCCAUACACAAAUGUACCUCAAGUUCUUGCAAAAGGAAUUCCAGAAGACUCUCCACUAGUAUUUUGUUCAAGAGAUUUAUUCUUGCCAGAUAUAUCCAUGUUACAUGGCCGUAUGUUUGUCACGUCCUGGGAAUAUGAAUUGGAUAAUGUAACAGAUGACUGUGUUCAAUUAGUACGAUUUGCUGUAGAGCAACAUUUAAAGAAUAUUUUAACAAUGACGUCCAGUAGGCGACGUGGAUAUAGACUACGAGAAAGUUCUUUUAGAUUUAGUAUCGGCAAUUCUAAACCAGAACAACUCAGGAAACACAAAGAAUUUGUACAUGUCAAAGAAAGUGUGUGUAGUGCAGCAGAUUUAAACCACAGUCAAGUACCAGCAGACAGGCCUACUAUGGAGGAAGGUGAACGUGAAGCUGCAAUGUUACUGGCUGUGAGUCAACCUCCAAAGUCAGUACCACCUAUGUCAUUAUAUGAUGUGUUAGAAACAUUACAGGUCUAUAGAAGUACAAUACCGUCCCAUACAGUGUAUUCAAUAAAUAUUGAGAGGCUGCUAUCACGGCUUUGGCACCCAAGCCAUGAAGAGAUUGAACAAGAUGAAAUUCACAGACAAGAAGUGCUACUCAAAGAGGAAAUCCAAAACCAACAGAAGUGUCUUAGAGUUUAA